AUGAUAGAUCUCUCCGAAGUAUCAGCAAUAUUUCAGGCUAUUCUCACCCAGCUUCCAAAUCGGGAAAGUGGAGCUGAGUUCUGGCAAAUGGUGCUCGACGUCGAUGCGCAGGCGAUUCUGCUCUUGCUCACACAUGCCGAAUUCAACAUGUUUCAUGCGAAUGGAGACUUUGUACAUUUUGAUGGAAGUCAUGUGCGAGUUGGAGAGUUCAAGCGAGUGGUCAUCGAUCGUGACUGGACAAUGCACAUAUGUGCACAUGCAUCAUUAUUCUGGAUGGACGCACGGGAAGCAGCCAGUUCGACUUUUGGACUUGUGGCAAAUACAAUCAGUGUUCAGAUCGCCCACGAGCGUCUCCAUUCGGACAAUUUCCAGCGGCUCGUCAUUGCCGAUUGCAUAUGUCGUGCUCGGCAGGGUCGAAUGCACGCAGUGCAGCGGGCCAUACAGUUGCAGACAAUCCAUGCAGCCAUGAUGGAACACAUAAUGUCAACUAGAGUCUCCGCGCAACUGCCAACGAAGACCACCCAAAAAUACGAGGAAUUUAUGGAUCGCUUCAACAAAUGUGCUGAGGCGCAAGAAGAUCUCCAAUGA